CUGCCCCGCCUCCCGCAGUGCAUGAUGGUCGGUGUAAUGGUGCUAGCUGCUGCUGUGUGUCCUGUUGUUUUGCUCCCGGUUCUUCCGGCGUUCCUGUGAUGGUGAAGAGGAGAUACACCGGCUGCUGUGCUUCACACGACAGGUACGGAAGCGACAGACGCUCCGCAGUCACUGAACCUCUCAGCUAGCCUCCUGGGAGGCGAGUCCCAAUGCCAUGGCCUCCAGCCACAGCUCCUCCCCAGUGCCUCGCGGAGGCCGAGACAGGAUCUAUCACAAGGAGCGGGAUCCCUCCCCCCCUCGCUGCCGGCCCGUCCGCUCGCUGCCCGACGUCUGUCCCAAGGAGCCCACCGGCGAGGGGCGGGGCCUGUGUGACGGCCCGUCUGUGGUGGCAGAGCACGACAGAUGGACGGUGUACAGCUCCAAGGUCAACCUGCCCGCCGCGUUGAACGACCCGCGGCUCGCCAAGCGGGAGUCCGACUUCUUCACCAAAACGUGGGGGCUGGACUUCGCCGAGACGGAGGUGAUGCCCUCCUUCUGCCUGCCCAGCAUCACCAGGGAACAGUUCGGACCCUACCUGCAGGAGACGGCUCAGAGGGAAAGAAUCCAUGAACGCUGCAAGACCAUUUGUCCCAACAAAGACAGCGUGGACGCCGUCUCCAGCAUCACCACCAACCACGAAAAAUCCAGAGCUGAGCUGGAACAGGUCCCCAAGAUCUUCAUGAAGCCUGACUUUGCUCUGGAGGACCCCGCCACCUUCAACGCCGUCCUGCCCUGGUCGCACUUCAACAGCGCCGGGGGGAGGAGCAGCAGGGACGUGGCCUCCUCCAAACUGCUGCAGGAGAAGCUGAGUCACUAUCUGGACGUGGUGGAGGUGAGCAUCGCCCGGCAGAUCUCUCUGCGCUCCGAGGCCUUUUUCCACGCCAUGUCCUCGCAGCACGAGCUGCAGGACCGGCUGCAGGAGACGCAGCGGGCCGUGGCCGUGCUGCGGGGACGGACCGCCGCCAUCGACCGGGUCAUGUGCCAGGGGCCUCUGCGGGCCCUCCGCACCGCCCUGGCCCGCAACAACUGCGUCAAACUGCACAACAAGCUGAAGCUGAUGGCGGCGGUGCAUCAGACGCAGCCCACCGUGCAGCUGCUGCUCUCCACCUCAGAGUUCGUCGGCGCGCUGGAGCUCAUCUCCACCACCAAGGAGGUGCUGCAGCAGGAGCUGCAGGGAGUCCACAGCUUCAGACAUCUGGGCUCCCAGCUGUGCGAGCUGGAGAAGCUGAUCGAUAAGAUGAUGGUGGAGGACUUCAGCAUGUUCGCCCGCAGUGACCUGAACCGCAGCCUGAGGGACGAGCCGCAGGUCCUGGAGAAGGUUCACAAACCAAACGCUGCCUCGCAGAAGGACCGUCUGGAGUCUCUGGUGUUCGGCCUGCUGCGGCAGAGGAAACUGGACUUUCUGGAUAUUUAUAGCGAUGAGACGAUUGUGGCGGCCAAAGCCGUGGUCACUCAGUGUGUAGCAGAAAGUGUUUUACACAUCGAAGAAAUCGACACCGAAGUCGUCACUAAGCUCGCUGACCAGAUGCGCGUGAUGACGUUCCCUCAGUGGUUUGAGCUGCUGAAAAACGUCUUUGAGAGUUUUCUUCUCUUCCUGCAGAGGAUCAAGGCCACUCUGAGCGUGAUCAAAAACGUGGUCCUGGAGGUUCAGGCCUCGAACCAGAAGAACCGGCUCCUGGAGGAGGCCGUUUCAGGGGCUUCUGGCCAGGAGGCUUCCCACAACCCGUCGCUCCUGCAGGGCGAGGCUGAGCUGGCCUACCUCACCCACGAGGGCCUGUUCAUCAGCGACGCUCUGAACGAGGCCCAGCGGCAGCAGCAGGCGGCGGUGGUCCAGGAUCAGAACUCUGCGGGGGGCUCCAGGGUCCAGCAGAGCCGGACGGAGGCUGUCAGUAGCGACUCUGCCUCUGGGAGCAGCGAGACGCCGGUCGGCAGGGAGCAGAGCUUCAUGUCCGGCGAGACCAUGAUGCCCACCGAGCUCGAGCUGAACCGCGUCAUCAACAACAUCCAGGAGCUGCUGUACUCGGCCUCCGACAUCAGCCACGACCGCUGCGUCAAAGUCCUCACAGCCAGAGCGAAGGACGGCUCUCUGGAGCGUCUGAGCUCGGCCGAGUUCGUGUGUCUCUCUCAGGCGGUGGAGGCUUUCGUCCGGGACACCGAGGAGCUGUGCGGCAGGCGCAGCGUCUCCCUGCGGGGGGCGCUGCAGAGCCAGGCCAACCGCUUUGUCCACCGCUUCCACGAAGAGCGCAAGACCAAACUCAGCCUCCUGCUGGACAACGAGCGCUGGAAGCAGGCGGAGGUUCCUGCUGAGUUCCAGGACCUGGUGAACUCCAUCGCCGACGGCAGAAUAACACUACCAGAACGCAAAAUCACAGGUCCGGACGACAGGAAGCCCACUGAGUUCCUGCUCGUCGACGGGCAAAAAUACGCCGUCAUCGGGACGGUCCUGCUGCUGAUCCGGAUCUUCCUGGAAUACUGUCAGUGUGUCAACGACAUCCCGUCCGUCGCCACCGACAUGCUGACGCGUCUGUCGGAUCUCCUCAAGCACUUCAACUCUCGGAGCUGCCAGCUGGUUCUGGGCGCCGGAGCUCUGCAGGUUGUCGGCCUCAAGACCAUCACCACCAAGAACCUCGCGUUAGCUUCCCGCUGCCUGCAGCUGGUGGUUCACUACAUUCCCAUCAUCAGAGCUCACUUUGAGACCAAACUGCAGCCCAAGCAGUUCAGCGUCCUCAGACACUUUGACCACAUCACCAAGGACUACAACGACCACAUCGCUGAGAUCUCUGCCAAGCUGGUGGCCAUCAUGGACAGCCUGUUUGAGAAGGUUUUGUCGAAGUAUGAAGUGAAGGCCCCGAUGCCCUCGGCCUGCUUCAGGAACGUCUGCAAGCAGAUGGCGAAGAUGCACGAAGCCAUUUAUGAGCUUCUGCCUGAAGAGCAGACGCAGAUGUUGUUUCUGAGGAUCAACGGCAGUUUCAAGAUGCACCUGAAGAGGCAGCUGGCGCGACUCGGAGUCGUCAAUGACGGGGGACCCCAGCACGGGCUGGUGGUCGUGGACGUUGCCUUCUACUCGGAGAACAUCCAGGCGCUGAAGAGCCUCGAGCGGCUCGACCUGAACAUGGCCGAGAUCUGGGAGCAGAAAAGGUGAUGGAGGACGACGACGGCGGGCCGUCCUGGACCCACCGACCCGGCGAUGGGAAGGGGUGGGGGCGACCUCGAGGGCCAACGGCGGCCAGCUGAGGCAGGAGGAGGCCCGGAGGGACCAAAAGAGAGCAGCGACCCGCGGGGGCUUCCUGCUCGGAUCCUCGUUAAAAACUGCUGAACCUCAUCUCACUGUGUGCAAUUCAACAGAAACACUAGUAACUUAUUAGACUGCUGUAGUGAGGCGGAGGGUGUGACAUGGCGGGGUAAUUUAUUUUUCUGUCGUCUUGAAAACAUUCUAUACUGUGGCGGACUUUUCCUCCAGCCGGCCGGGACGUCGCAGCCGAAGGGAUUUUUAUCACCGAACUUUUCUGUCGCUGGUUUCGCAGACUUUAGCUAAAAUCUCGCAGCUGAGGAUUCAGGGUUCGGCGGCCAACGCAAACCGCUCGGGAGGAAUCAACAGGGUUCCUGCGUCAGCGUUUCCUCGUUUCCUUCUCUGAAAACAUAAAAAGGAUUCUUUUUAUACUCCGCACAGGAACAUUUUCCAGGCGUGUUGUGUUCAGGGCCUGGACGACAUCCGGUUUGAGGCCUGCAGGACCUCAUGAAAACGUGUCAUUGAAGAGUUGAUUUCUUCAGAUAAAACGAGUCCAGACUGUGAAAGCGUCUCAGCUCCUCAGCUACUUCCUGUUGUUACCAAAGUAAAACAUCUCAUAAUUUGGGAAAUGAACUCUUCAAUUGCACUUUAUUUUCCUUUCAACAGUCCAAACAUGCGUUAGGUUUUGUGUUCGGGGCCCAGUUGUGGUGAUGAUCCAGAGGCAAAGUUAAUUCUUCUGCAUGAAGCUCAUCGAUGAGUUUGACUGCAGAACGCGAAGCAUGAAAAUCAGCUGUGAACUCAAACUACUGUCCACCUUUUCCCUCCUGAUGUACUUUUAUUUGAUCUGCAUGAGGUUUUUGUUUCCUGCGAGGCUGAAACGACACAAAAGGGAACAGAAAAUCUGAUUUAUUUUUUAAUUAUUUUCCUGUUUUUGUUUUUUUUUAAGAAAAAAUUAGGAAAAACAAAUUUCUGACCACGUGACUUUUUUUUUUUUAAACUUUGCGUGUAACUGAGCUGCUGGUACCGUGAAGGUCAGAAAAGCUCCAUCCAAAGUUCUUAAUUCCCAACAGCUGAAGUCCACAUGUGGACCCAAACGCAGUCUGAGAGACUUGAUUCACUCGUUAAAUGUUAACAUUUCUGUUCUACUGUUUCCGCCGCCGCGUCUCCAGCCUUUACGUCACUUGUGGUCUGUGCUUCCUGUUGGUUUUUAUCAUUUUUUUGCCCCCACAUCACCUACUGGUCUCCACCCACCACCUCCAGCCGGCUCAGAGCAGCGCUGAAACAGUCCCUCUGAGCAGACCUGGGCGUGGCCAGAGAAGCCCUGACAGCACCUGUGCAGGUGUGUGCUGCGCUCACCCUGCCGCUCCCAAAUUCAGCUUCGGGUUUUCUGUUCCUGAGUGGAGUUCAGUCGCUAUGAGCUCCGACCAAACCAAAACACACACACACCCGUCGAGUGUGAGGUCACGUCACCUUCUGUGCGGCAGAACUCGCCUGAAACCUGCAGCGACGCCUCGGGCAGCGUUCGGCUCCCGGAGACGGACUGAAGGAGAGGAGACGCCGACUCUCUUCUGUCUCCUUAAGCAGCUCGUCGCUUACGAUACGACCCAAGUUUAUUAAUCCCGUUAACACUCAGACCGUGAUGACGGAGGCGUGACGUGACCUCCGCCGCCAGCUUCCUGUGAGAGACUCCACUGUCUGCUUCAGAAGUGCCUGCUUACGAUCGACACGUCUGAGCUCCCCACUACAGUGUGCCUACCAUACCACUGUGUGUGUGAGUGAGAGAGUGUGUGAGUGUGUGUGAGUGUGUGUGUGAAUGAGAGAGUGUGUGUGUGUGUGAGCGAGCGAACGAGUCGAGCUGCAUGUCUCAGAAUCCUUCACACCUGAAGGACGGAGCGAGUUCAGUCUGUUUCUCUGCUCGAGUUCACUACUUGUAGAAACUUUAUUGAUGCUCCCGUCAGAUCAGUAAAGUCCAGCUGUGACGAUUGGCACGAAAUGAUCCUUUAAAAUUGUUUUGUUUAUUGUUUUUCCCUGCGUGAUUUCUUUUUGACGCUGCUGAUUUCGGCCCUCUUUACUGAUUUAAAGAGGCUUCAUUUUUUAAGCUAACCAGUGUAGAUUUCUCACAUGACAGCUGACCAACAGCAGGCAUCCACUGCUGCCAGUCACGUGUUGCUAGCUAGCAGGUGUGGAGGCUAAACUUUGGCUGCCGCUGACCUCUGACCUCAACAUAUCUGAAUGAAAACGUGUUCUCUGGGUCUCCCCUUUGCAGACCUGCUGAUUCAGGUUCAUCUGCAUAUUUCCGCAUCCUGUGUCUUUCUAGAGGCUCGAUUUUUAAAGCCGAAAACUGAGCUUUUAAAAAGGAAUUCAAAAGGUGGAAUUUAAAUAAAACUACAACCUGAAACCAGA